AUGGACGGAAAAGGACCAGAACUGAGCCAGUUCGACCAUCGGCACCUGCAGAUGUACCGAUGGCUGCACAACUCGUCUCUCACGGACAACAGCGAGACUUCCGUCGAGACUUCCAUGGAGAGCUCCUUCGGCAGUAUCGAUGCCAGGUUAGUUCGUUGGAUUUUUUUUCUGUACGGGAAAAUCUUUAAUGUUGUCAGAGAGCGUUUUGAAGAGACCAUGGACCUUAAAAGUUGGAAAAAAUCAAGUUAGAAAAAUCCCUAGUAAAAAAAGGUCUCUUUUUGAAAAGUGAGAUACUAAGGGACUCUUUGGCUGUGGAAGAGUAUAUAUAUAUAUAUGUUUGGAUAAAUUGACUGGUGUUCUUAACUUUUUGGAAUGGCUUAACAUUCUGGAGUAUUUCUUCGCUUCUUUGUUGGAAAUUAAAAAAAAGUUUACUUUUUAAAAACGCUCACUCGGCCCUCAAAGUCGCCAAAAUCCUUACAAGGCAUUUUACUUUGUGAUUGGGAACUUUUUGAAAUUUUGUCAAAAUGUUCCUUGAUGUACCAGAAGACGAUUCUGAAAGUUUCAACCUGCACAACUUCUUAACUUUCGAGAAAAGACGCCUCCCCUCAAAAAGGAAUCCCUCAAAAUCCAUUAAAAUAGACUAAUUUAGGCCGGUAUUUCUCGUAAAGUAGAAAGUUUUGCAGGUUGAGACUUCCAGGAUCUUUGUCUGGUUAAACAAUGAUUUUUCUGGCUUGUUUUCAAGAAAUUCCCGACCGAAAAGUAAAACUGCCUUCCUGUAAGGGUUUUUUUUGACUUUGAGUGUCCUCUCUCAAAAACUAAAAAGUUGUGCAGGUUGAGACUUCCCGAAUACUUUGUUUGGUACUUCAAGGAGAGUUCUAACCAAUUUUCAAUUUUCAUUCCCGACCGCAAAGAAAAAUUACCUUCCUUGUAAUGGACUCAGUGGCUUUGGAGGAGUAGAUUUUUCAAAUUUUGCAUGAUCGGACUACUAUUCUAGACUUUAUGGACUGGCUUAACCUUACGGAUCUACUUCUCAGACUGUAUCUUCACCUCCUUGUUUAAAAUAAAGAUUUUAAUUCAUUAAUUCUGGGCCUUCAGAGGCGUCAAAACUCUUCGGUACGGGACUUUUCUUUUUAAUUCUUCUAUUAAUUCUUCUCCUUUUAAUUCUUCUAUUAAAGCUUGUAUUUUUUCGAAAACCUUGAAGCUAUAACCUAUGGAAAACCUGUCUUACCCCAAAAAAAACGUUCUGAAACGAAACCGAACCAUCAGUUGCAUCUGUGUCCCUUUUCUGGGAAAACCCCAAAAACACGUCCAGUGUUACUUUGCAUCUCUGGCACCCUCCUCACUUGGCUACUGUCCGACGACGACCUCGAUUCCGACUUCCGCUGAGAAGUUCAAUCGAUAAUUAUCCAACGAUGGGUCUGCUCGGCUUGGCUCUUCUCUGCACCUACAGUGGCAACCUGUUCGUCCAGCUCACCUACUAUAUUAUCAUGGAAUACUUUAUCGAGAGGUUCGACCAGAGGCCGCCGCUUCUCGAAGACGUCGUCCAAGCCAACUGAUCAUGUUUUUUUGCCAUUUUUUCAUUAUUUUCUUGGAAUGAAUGUCUUUUUCACUGAUUCGAGUUACACCACAACUUAUAAUUUGAAAAAUCCAGGCUUUGACUGAGCUUAAUAAGCUCGUAUUUAAGUAAAACCUUGCUUGUUUAAAAAAAAUUGGUUGUACUGUGAAAGUUUUUAGUGUCCACUAUAGUCUAUAGUAGUCAAAUUAGUGGCCACUUGAGGGGUUAAAAUUUAGUGGCCACUAUAGUAGUCAAAUUAGUGGCCACUUAAGGGGUUAAAGAUUAGUGGCCACUAUAGAGAUCUAAGUGCUACUACUAGACCACUAGUGGUCACUUUAGGGGUCAAUGGAUCAACAUAACUGGUCCAAUCUGUUUGUUUUAAAAUUAUCACAGUUACUGGAAGGAAUACUAGAUAAAAAACGACUGAAGUGGCCACUGAAUAGAGAACCUCUAUAGCGGGCACUAAAACUAAGAAUAUUUGCCACUAUAGAGGUGGGUUUAGUGGCCACUUUAGUGUCUUCUCUAAGUAGUCCUUGGCGAGCCUCUAUAGUGGCCACUUUUUCCCAAUAUUUUUGAGAUGAUCGACUCAAUUUUUGUAACAACUUUGUACUAUUUUGAUUAUUUUUUUCCUAAUUUAAACAGUUUUGAAAAUCGGAGUGCGGGAUUUCAGUCCUGCAAGGUUCAAGAAUCUUCGAAAAUUUAGAAAUCUCCGUUUUUUUUGUUUCUAAUUAGAAACAGAGUCAACUUGGAAAACUCGAAACUUCUCAAUCAUUUUUUUUGAGCUUAUCUGAUUUUUUUUUUCUAACUAUCAUUUUGACCAGAGUUUAGCUUUCUAUGAGAGGAGAUAAACUUUGUUGAGGAAAAGUGGAGAAAUUAAGAAACUUGCAAGUUUGCCGGGUAACAAAAAACACUUGACAGCUGCUGUUGGUUGUUUUCGUGGUUUUGGGAACCAGUCGAAGAAACUUUGUUCCAUCAGGACGUCAUUAAGAAAAAAAUAAUUUUUCUUUAUACUUUGUUUCCAUUCGAGAAAAAAAUUCCGCGAGAGUUUUUAGAAAAAAUUCUCUGCUUUAUUCGAAAUAUUUCUUUCAUUUUUCACAAAAAGCUCCCUUUCUUUCCUAUCAAAAAAACGAGACAUAGGGGCAAGUAGAGCUUUUCUAACCAAACCGCACCGAUGUAGGAUGAUAGGACGCGAAAGUCACGGCGAGUCGGGCGCGCGCUUUUGGUGGACAGAGGCAGCGCGCCUGGAAAAAUCACCUUAAGAUAAAAACCCGCAAAUGAAGACCAAAUUAAAUGACGAGUCCGAGUCAAACAUGCAGAGACCGAGGCAUUUGUCUGAGUGGGUUAACAAUUUGAAGAAUUUCGGGAGUAAAUGUAAUUAUGUAAAUUGGUUGAUUUCGAAACAACAAUUGGUGGUAUUGAUAUGCUUGAAAAUUCGGUCUUUUUUUUCCAAAGUGGCCAUUUUUAAAAAUGUCAAAGUUUUUUUUCAGUUAAAUCGUUUAAGCGUAGAAUUCUCAAUCAGGUUUCGAAAAAAGGAUUAUUCUCGGCUCAAAAUAGGAUAUUUUGUGUUUAUUUCAAUGAAUUUAAUGUAAAAGGCUCUUUGAAAAAAACGCCAAAAAAACUUUUUCAAAUUUUGUAAACUUGAAAAAAAUAUGCAUUGUAAAAAGUGACCAAACGGACCAACUUUUUCCAGCCGUUUUUGUUGGCUCACUUAAAUUUAGAAAAAAACGACCAUUUUAAAUCGGAUUAGAUAGUUUGAUCAGAUAGCUAUUGCAAAUACUGUCUUUUUUUCGAGUCAAAAAUAUUUGAAUUUCAGGCUGAAUUUCGAUACCAAAAAGUUAUAAAUAUUUGAAUUUUUGUCACUUGGUUCGAAUUUCAAGUCCACAAAUUAUUUUACAGAUUAAGAAUUUUUUUAUUGAAAUAAAUACGAUUUUUUUUAUCCUUUUGCAAGUUUCGCAGAUCGAAAAAGUGAUGGAUUUGUUGCAGAUUUUUUAUUAAUCCGUUAGCUUUUCAGACUUUCCAAAUAAGGUUACCAAAUUCAACCAUAUUCUGAUAGAAUCGAAAAAUAGAGGGCUUUCAGAGAAAUUUGCAGACUUCUAUUGAAAAAUCCAACAGAAAAGCGCUCAAUAUCAGAUUUUUGAUCCCCUUCUGCAAAGCCGUUCCGUGGGCCGAAACUAUUUUGAUACUUUUCUAAUGGAUAGGGGCCGUGAAAAAUGGGCCCGAACAUUACACAAAAGAGCAUUUUUUCGGAGGGAGGUUCAUCGCUCAUGGUUGAUGGCGACAGCUGUCUGGGGAAUGUCCAUUUUUUCCAUCCAGUGGUUUCUUAAGCGAUCGGAGAGGAAUGCGAACAGGCGUGCAGUAGAGAAAGCGAUCUGAGAGAACAGAAUGGGGAGAAAAAAACAGUUGAGGAGUAGUAGGGGGAGGAAUGCGUGGAAUGCUCGGAAGGAGCGCCUGCCCCUUCGGAGAGGCCACUCGGAUUUUUUUUCUGCCAUUACAUCCCGACUUUCGAUUCCAAAAUGCUUCUCUGCAACGUCUUCACUGUGCCGGCUUGUCUUGCGGACUGGUUCGUUUUUUGAAGAUUUCUUGAAACUGAUGUUCUUUCACUAUCCCUCUAAGGCUGGAAAUGGAUAGACUAUGCUGACCUUUUAUAGUCAAUGGAUGGUUUUUCAACAGGAGAUGGUCUGAAGACUCAAUUUUUGGUAUUUCUGAAUCAUUCAACUUUUUUUCUUUUUUUUCUGUCAUGAACUUCCAAUCUUCAUAGCCUUAUUUAAUGUAGAAGUUAGGAGCUUCUGCUUUCGGUUCCUUUUGGAAGCUUUCCAGAAAGUGACCUUCCACAGUGUUUCCCAACACCUUCUACCUAGAAAAAAAGCCUGCCAAUCGAGCUUUUAUUGGAAAAAAAUUUUUCUUCAAAUUUUUCCUUUUUCAUUUCUAUACAAGUGAUGUUUUCCAAAUUUUCGUAGUCCCAAACGUUUUUUUGAACAGAUGAAUUUGAAGAAAAAAUAUUUUUUGAUGAUGUGAACGCAACUUCAAGAAAUUAAAAAAAAUUUUGUUAAAAAAGUCCUUUUUGGAGGAAAAUGGCCAUCGAACGGUUUUGGAACGUUUUUAAUUAUGAAAUUUCGACAUGUUCAUUAUAAUCUGUCAAAAAAAAAAUGGCAAAAAAGGAUAGCCGCAAAAAGAUUCGAACCUUCAUCAUUCGCAGGCUACUGCGCUAGCCACUGAACCACGCUCCUAGCGUCAAUGACUUGUGCUGCGGACACAUUCCUUCCAAAUGGUAUCACGUGUUUAAAGAUGAAAACGUUAAAAAAUCAUAUCUCCAAAACGAAAAGUUUGCGCAGAUAGCGACUAUGAGAGAUCGAUUCCCAGUCCACCAAAGAUUGUUUCAGCAAAUUUAUAGAAAAUUCAAAACCCUACGCAAAAACGACCUUCAGAAGCUUUCAGCAGGACUCUGGCAGGCAUUUUCUAUUUUCACCUUCCAAAUGCUUUCUUAAGAACUUCUAGCUUCCAUACACCUUCCCAACACCGGCCCCGAAUUUGCUUGAGCUCUAACAUUCCAACUACUCUGAUUAUUCCUGAACAAGCCGAGCCGGUAGAUGACCACCGCCGAUCGUUCGAGGCAUUCCGAGCGUUUCCGAACCUGUCCUAUCUGUUUCUUCUUCGUCGGGCGCCCUCGUCGUGCCGCGGCGCUAUUUUUCCAUCUCCCCAAUGCGAAAAAUGUUUCGCGACAUCUUCUUCUUCUUCUUUUCCCCUGUUUCCUCCGCACGGCGCCCGACUGUCUCUGCCGUUCUCAGAGAGAAGAAGAAGGACAGCUUAUCACUGACGGAGGCCUUCUCCUUUUGCAAACCGACUUGGUCGAUUUCCUGCUUCGCUCUCGCUAGAAUCACUCUUUCAAGCGAUCUCACUAUCGUUACUGAUGUUUUUGCUUUGUUUAGACAUGUUUAUCAUCACCUAGAAGGGGGAAACCGUGUUCAGGUUGAACCGGGAACCAUAUUUGGCGAACUAGAAGUUCAAAGGCUCCUUUAAAGACGUGAAAACUUGAAAAAGUCCUCAGAAAUGAAUAAAGUUAUCCAAUUUAGAAUCACUAUGAUUUGUGCUCUUCCGCUACCACCCAGACUUUUUUCGCAAGGACCGUAUUUGUCUUCCCUGCCGAGCUUUUUCCUCGUUUGUGUACUCAUUUCUCGUCAUUUCCAUGUAUUUUUUCUUCUCUGCUCAACAAACCAAAGCACACAAGUUUUGGUGAAAAUCACGGAGGCAAAUCGAACGUCAAACUAGGAAAUUUGAGUUCGAUUCAAAAAUUUGUUUUAUGAAAGAGCUUUUUGAUUUUGAAAAGACCAUGACGAAUCUGAAUUAUCCUUCUAGUGGUUCUAGUAGAUUCAAUCGAAAACCAUUUUUCAUAUUCGUUGAUUUUCCUUCCUUUUCAUAUACCUCAUUCGCCAAGGAUUGAAAAAGUCUCAUUUCUGCGCUUUCUUUUCUUUCCUUUGAAGAUCCCAGCUGAUACCUUUAAACCUAUCAGAGACGGUUGCUUUAAAAAAACUUCCUAGAGAAGAGAUACUGCUCACGGCGUGCUUACAAAAUUACAUCUAGAAAAAGUUGAAAUCUUCUACACCUUUUUCUUGAGCCUUUGAAUCGCUGAAGUGGUGUCGGUGCCCCAAGUCUAUUAGACAAGGUCCUCUCUAUUCUGAUAUCAAUGAUAAUCAGUGGACUUCCUCCAAUGAAAUAUCUUUUUUGUGUGACGACUGAUGAUUAUAAAGACCUGGUUUGGAACUACCAACAUCUCUUGAACCCCUGAGUUGGGUCGCGGUGGGGAUCGAACUUGAGACCCUUUGAGCCGUAGACAGGCAUACAACCUGUUGCGCUACGACGCACCGCAGAAAGUGGUUAGGACUUAAAAUUCAACAAUAAUGAGAAAAGCUUGAUGGUCAGAGUUAUAUUGUGAUGAGUCGAUUUCCAAUCUGUUCAGUCUUCGCCGUGUGAGUUUCCUAACACCAUCGAACGGUUUUGGAACGAUUAUACUCAUAAAAUUUCAACAUUCUCAUCAGAAUUCUUGAAAAAAAAUUAUGGCAAAAAAAUUUUCGGCAAAAUGACUCGAACACUCAUCCUAUGAUCCGCAGGCUACCGCGCUAGCCAUUGCGCCAGGCUCCUAACUUGCAAGCGAUGGCUGAUUGCGCGCAUAGAUUUCUUCCAAACGGCGUCACGUGUUUAAGGACAAAAAUUAAAAAAAAUCAUAUUUCCAAAACGAAACGUUUGCGCAGAUAGCGAUUAUGGGGGAUCGAUUCCUAGUCGAUCAAAGAUUGUUUGGGCAGAUCUAUAGAAACUUCCAAACCCUCCUCACCUUCCUUGUCGAGUCAGAUCGUACCUUCAAGCUCAGAGGCAUCCACCACAGUUCAAACGUGCAAACCCUUUUUUUGGGAGCCACUUCACCUUUCCUCUGUGUACUCCUGUAACUUCUUCUUCUCUUCUUCUCCAUCUCUCUCAUUGAAAGAGUUGAGGAGAAGCCGCAGAGUCGAGUAAAGAGACGAAUUGCCGCCGGGUUGUGAGUCAACAGUCGGACCUGGCCUGCACAUACACAGGCAGACGACGGCGGAGACCCCAAGUUUGUAUUGUGUUAUCGGAAUUCGCGGUAUUCUCGACGCGCGUCCUCCUUUUUGCCCCCCACACAGAUCUGUCUCUCUGUCUCUCUUGCUGUCUUUUUUGCCAUUUCCACAACUUUUCCCGUUUUAUAGUCCUUUUUUUUCAAUUUUCCAAAACUUAGGGAGAUAGAGCUGUCAUGAUAAAGAAGAAAAAGCCAACUUGAGGCAAUAUUUAAUGGAAAAGGUAGAUCUGGACUUCAAUGGACUACCUUUGGAGAUUUAUCUCUAUUCAAAUAAGCUCAAUUUUUUUGAAAAAAAUCAUGGACAAAGUUUAAAAAUGGUCUCGCAGCGAAAAAGGGCUGUCACGAAAAAGAAGACGAAGUCAACUUGAGGCAAUGUUUAAUAAAAAAAGGUUGAUUUGAAUUUUAAUGGACUAAUUUUUGGAGGAAAAAUAUCCACAUUAGCUCAAUUUUUUUGAAAAAAAUCAUGGAAAAAAAGUUAAAAAAAGUUCUCGCAGCGAAAAAGAGCUGCUAAAAAAAUCAGUUUUUUUGGGCCUUUAAAAUUUCCAGAGAGUUUUUUUAUGAUUUGAUUAUUUGGAUAAAAGGCCUUUUUACAAACAAAAAGUUCGGAAACUAUCCGAAAAAAACAAAAAAAUUUUUCGAACUUUCAAAUUUGCGAUCCCUACAUGGGGUACUUGUAGAGCCUUUUUUUCCGUUUUUUUCUCGGCUCAAUUCUAUUAUAUAUAUUGAAAAUGGCCUUUCCUACUUUGUCUGAACCUUUCUUCCACCUACAAAUCACUGAAAAACCUGCAAUUUCGAAGCUUUCAAAUCAAGAGAGUGAAAGAGAAAAGUUAAAUGGGUCGUGACUUUUCUACUCUUUUUUUCGUUCACCUAUACCUUAUUUAUUCCUCUUCUUCUCUUCAAUAACUUUUAAACCUUUCUCUCGCUUUAAGAAAAAAAAAAUUUCCAUCGAUUCGAACCGGCAAAGAGGGCAAACAAAACGCGUUUUCUGAUGAAAAUUGAAAGUUUUGAAACUGGAAAAAAAAACUUCUUGAUUGUUUUAAAGAUUAAAAAGAGGACAAAAUAUUUUGGAAAAGUCCCGAAAAUAUAAAAUCCCUCUUCUAGUUUUUGAGAUUAAACAUUUUCUGGCAAAUAUUAAUCCUUACAACUGAUUAAAUAACUGGCUUCUGGCUUAAAUUUGAGCUAUUUUUGUCGAUUUUUUAAAGUUGAUUCGAAGAACGGAAAAUAUACACAAAUUAAAAAAAUGGUACUUUCAGAGUUCUUCUUGUUAAUAAUGCACCUCUAACUAUCAGAAAAUGAGGAAGAACCAUCUAAAGUGGUCACUUAAGACUCGAACUAAAACAUGUUCUCACUUCUUAAGUAGUAACUUCAAAUUUUCCUAUUAUCACUUCCAAUCUUUCCCGUCAUUUUCUACAAUUUUAUAGCUUAAAAAUCAUGGUCACACUUGGAAUUUAUCGCUUCAGGCCAUUAUUAAGUUCGUCCGACUUAAAACGACUUUCGCUCAAAUGCUAAAAAUCGAUGGAGCGUUAAGACUCGCCUGUAGAACUGAUUUCACGCUUUGAGCCAUUCCAAAUGCGGUCAUAAGUUCCUAUGAAGAAUUUCUCUCAAGAACACUAUGAAGUGGAUACUGUAUAACAAUCAAAAAAAAACGAACUACUUGCAGCGUCGAAAUGCCGCGUCCGGGUGACUCGCCGAUGUCGCGGAUGUUGCCGUCGUCGAUCUCCAGCUUUGUGGCUCUACAGACGGCGCCGUCGACGUCCUUCGCCCACGCCAUACCUGGUACCCCUGACCACCUGUAAUAAGGAAGAACUUCGGCUUCAGAUUGGAUGGCACCUCUUCAGUUCUUCCCGACGACUUACACUCCACCGGCGCAUCACGCUCAUUCGGCCGCCCAGCUGCUGCUGCUCCACAAUAUGGUUCCGCAGCAGGUCGUCGAGCCAGACAUUGACGUCGUCGGCCUGUCGGACUCCACUAAGGAGGUCUCGCUGGUCGACAAGGACGAGGAGCCAUCGCCGCCGACGCCUACCAACCUGAAGUCGCCGCAGAACUUCUGGGCUUCUGAGCUUGUUGAUGAGCAGCAGCGGAACAGUUUCGGCAACGACAGCGACGAGGAGGAGGAUCUGGUGAGCUUUCAAAUGGUCGGAACGAAUAAGUUUCAAUGGAUUUCAGCCACUGGAUCUGUCAUUGAAGCACCCGUCGUUGGCCUCACCGUCAUGCUCCCGACCUUCUGUGAUCAUCGAUGGAGCUGCGCCAAGUGAGUUAUUUUCUUUUUGGGCUUACUAUUGAUACCCAUGAUUCAACACGGUUGUGAUAAAUAACGCUGCGCCCGACCUCAAUACGACUUACGCAUGUAUUCAUCUAAAAUCUGUUCGGUAAAAAUCUGACACCCCAGUAACAAUACCUCCAGACAAGCCAAGCUUACAAAGAGCUCAAAAUUCCAGAAUCCCACACGACGGUCCGUCGGUCAAUGUCCUCUGCUUCGAGUUAUUCUGGAGGUUCGACGCCUUCGACGACGUCAUCGACGACGAACGUCGAGGAGCACUUCAGAAGGUCGCUCAGUGGGAAAUGGCCUAGGCGAGCGAAAACCGAAGACGAAAAGGUGAGGCAAAGAAGGGGAUUUCUGGAUGAAGAGGAAUUUCAGGCGAGAAGCUCUCCAUUGCGACGUCGGACGUCGUUCAACGUGCACACGUCGGUCUCCUCGCUGCAGACGACGCCUUGUUCUUCGACUACGGUUACCGUUCAGCCGGCUACGUCUCCCCAAACACCUAUCAUCGUUAAUAAUACCUGUUCAGGUACUGUUUUCUUAUUAUAAGGUAUAUUAUAAGGUACAAAUAUAACUUUCAUGGUUCUCUUCCUCCACGCCACAGAUCUGUCUGUGAGCGAAAUAAAAAUUUCAUUCAUUCAUGAAGGCUUCGAAAAAAGGUAGGAAUGCUGAAUUCUCUGAAACUUUCAUUCCUUUAUUGAGAUUUAUGCGAAAAGUAGGAGCUUGAAUAUGACCUUCUGGACUAUUUUGGAUGACAAAAUUUUAAAAAACGAAUCAUCCCUUGGAAAAGCUCUAACAAACAAAAAAAAACUCGUCUUCCACCAAUUUUUCCACGUCCUGUAAUAGUCCGACUUCUCUGGCCUUUUUUCCUUGUAUUCAAAAUUUCUGCAACAAGUGAGGGGAAAGAGACGCAAACAGGCCAGAAUUAUGGCGUAAAUGUCAAUCCUAGAAGAAAAAAAUACUCUCUCUAAUUUGAAAAAAAAUCAAAGAAUGCCCUUUUUGUUAUGAAAUCUGUAAAUUGCAGACACUUCUCUGUCCAUCGCCAACCACUUCCGUCGGGCCCUUUCCGGCAAAGGUCUCUCCGAUUGGCAGAAGAAGCGCGGCGAGAAACAUUGA